AUGGCUGCCAACGCUCGAUAUGAGCCUGCUCCUACGCGAGACUCUUUCGAGGAUCAGCAAUACACCCAGGCACCGCCAUCUUAUCAGUCAACCGCGGAGCCCGCGCCGCGCACCGAAGAUGACAACCUGCCCGAUGACUUCAAGUUUGGCGGCACCGUCGCGGAGGGUACCAUCGAUAUCCGGAUGCAGUUCGUCCGCAAGGUGUACUCGAUCUUGACCGUCCAGAUCCUCCUUACCACCGUCCUCAGCUCCAUCUCCUUCUUCAACAACACCUACCGGAACUGGAUCCAGUCCAACUUCUGGCUUAUGAUCAUCUCCGUAUUCGGCGCCCUCGGAUUCAUGCUUGCAACUUGGUGGAAGCGCAAGUCCUACCCGACAAACCUUCUCUUCCUCUCCGGCUUCACGUUCAUGGAAGCCUACGCCAUCAGCGUUGCAACAUCCUUCUAUGAUGCUCGAGUCGUCGUGCAAGCGCUCGUCCUGACACUGGGUAUCUUUGUCGCUCUGACUCUAUUUGCAUGCCAGACCAAGUACGACUUCACGAACUGGAUGCCGUACCUCUUUGGUGCGUUGUGGUUCAUGAUCUUGUUCGGUUUCGUCGCGACAUUCAUUCCGUUCAACAGCACCAUCGAGAUCGUCUACGGUGUCCUGGGUGCCCUGAUCUUCUCGGGAUACAUUCUCGUUGACACUCAAUUGGUGAUGCGUCACUACCACGUCGAGGAGGAGAUUGCUGCUGCCAUGUCGUUGUACCUCGAUGUGCUGAACUUGUUCAUGUCCAUUCUGCGCAUUCUGAAUGGAAACAACAACAACUAA